AAAGAUGGGGGCUCGGUUAUGAUAACGAAGGUCAGCAGCAGCCAGCGAUUAGAUUUAAUAUAGUCUAAUUAGUGUUGCUCUAUUCAACAAUGCGGUGGGAGAUUGUUUGCUUUGUCGGCGUUUUAGCCAUUGUACUUGCAGAAGAUAAUUAUUUGUUCGAAACAAAGUAUAUUGAUGUGCCUUUAGAUCACUUUAGCUUCGCACAGGACACGAAGUUUCAAUUAAGAUACUUAAUCAAUGACACCUAUCACGAAGAUAGAGGCCCAAUUUUCUUUUAUACGGGAAAUGAAGGUGAUAUUAAAAAUUUUGCGAAGAACACAGGGUUCAUGUACGACAUAGCCCCGACAUUCAGUGCUUUACUGGUAUUUGUUGAACACAGAUAUUAUGGCGAGUCAUUGCCAUUUGGCAAUCAAUCUUACUCAUCCAUUGACAAGUUGGGGUAUCUUUCCUCUCAACAAGCACUAGCAGACUUCGUAUAUGUAAUAGAAGCAUUGCAGGAACAAUAUGCUCAUAAUCAAAAGAAUCUUCCUGUCAUAGCGUUUGGGGGUUCCUACGGAGGGAUGUUAUCCAGUUGGAUCAGAAUGAAGUAUCCCAGCUCUGUGUUGGGAGCAAUAGCAAGUUCUGCUCCCAUUUGGCAGUUGGGAGGACUGACUUCGUGCGAGAUAUUUAAUAGGAUUACUACUAGUGUAUAUGCAAGUUUUGGAACAGAUAAAUGUACAAAUGGUAUUACAAAUGUUUGGAAAACAAUAAGGUCUUUUACUAAAACUGCCGAGGGUAAAGCAAACUUAACUUCUACGUGGAAUCUGUGCUCCCCAAUUAAAACUGAUGACGAUAUUAAUCAAUUGAUCGAUUGGGCAGCAGAACUUAUUGUUAACAUGGCAAUGGUUAAUUAUCCGUACCCUACCAACUUUUUAGCAGACUUGCCUGCUUAUCCUGUUAGAGAAUUUUGCAAUAGACUUAAUAGUCACAAAUUGAAUGGAGAUUAUGAUCUACUGGUUGCAGUUGUUGAUGGAUUGGGAGUCUAUACCAAUUAUACCAAAACAGCUAAAUGCAAUAAUAUAAAUGUGACGUCACCUAGCCUUAGUGAUAACGGUUGGAAUUUCCAGUCUUGCACUGAUAUGAUCAUGCCAAUGUGUUCCCAAUCCUCAGAUAUGUUUGAAAAUGCCAACUGGGAUUUCGCAGAAUUCUCCGACACUUGCUAUAAACAGUUCAAAGUACGUCCAAGAAACCUAAACGUACCACUUCUUGAAUACGGUGGCAAGGAUAUAGAAGCUGCAUCCAACAUAGUCUUCAGCAACGGUCUUCUUGAUCCCUGGUCUGGUGGUGGCGUUUUAAGGAAUAUUAAUGACAGAGUUAGGUCGAUAAUCAUUCCUGAUGGAGCUCAUCAUUACGACCUAAGGGGUAAAAACGAUUUAGAUACGGAGGACGUGAAGUAUGCUAGGAACUUUCACGUUCGUAAAAUCAAAGAAUGGUUGCGGGAAUAUUACAGUGAUCCUCAAGUAAAUCUUAUUAAAAAAUGAUAGAAUUAUUAGUAUUUAUUAUCUUUUUACUUUGAUAUCACUUAAAUUAAUUUGUGUUAUACACUUAUCUACAUAAAAUAAAACAGUUUUUUGUCAUA